UUUUGGCCCAAACGGACUUCCAUACUUUCUGCACGGUGAAAUCAUUUGACCAGUUUUUCACGUGACAAAACACGGACUUCUCGUCUGACAAACUCCGCAUUUUAACAGUAAGCCAAUACAAUGAGGCUGGUCAUUCUGGACGACUAUGACCUGGCCAGUGAGUGGGCAGCAAAAUACAUCCGCAACAGAAUCAUCCAGUUCAAGCCCUCCGCUGAAAGAUACUUCACUCUGGGCCUACCUACAGGGAGUACUCCCUAUGGCUGUUACAAGAAGUUAAUUGAAUUCUACAGAAGUGGAGAUAUUUCAUUCAAAUAUGUGAAGACCUUCAACAUGGAUGAAUAUGUAGGCCUACCUCGUGCUCACCCAGAGAGCUAUCACUCCUACAUGUGGAACAACUUCUUCAAGCACAUCGACAUUGAUCCUGCCAACGCUCAUAUCCUGGAUGGGAACGCAGAGGACCUGGAGACCGAGUGCCAGGCCUACGAGCAGAAGAUCGCAGAGGCUGGUGGAAUCGAGUUGUUCGUAGGAGGUAUUGGCCCUGAUGGUCACAUAGCGUUCAAUGAGCCCGGUUCCAGCCUUGUUUCCAGGACCAGAGUGAAAACCCUGGCUAAGGAUACCAUUGUGGCCAAUGCUCGUUUCUUUGGCAACGACCUCAACAAGGUUCCCACCAUGGCUCUCACUGUGGGCGUAGGAACUGUCAUGGACGCCAAGGAGGUGAUGAUUCUGAUCACAGGAGCACACAAAGCCUUUGCCCUGUAUAAAGCCAUAGAGGAGGGAGUGAACCACAUGUGGACCGUAUCAGCAUUCCAGCAGCACCCGCGCACCAUCUUUGUCUGUGAUGAAGACGCCACCCUGGAGCUCCGGGUCAAAACCGUCAAAUACUUCAAAGGUCCAUCAAGCACUGAUGAUGCAGAAUGACAUCACCAAAAACUGUCCAAAGAAUGAGUUUACUGCAUGUUCAUAACAGACUGGUGGACCCGGUGCUCAGCAUAAAGGACCAGUGAAAGGGAGAAGAUCCCAGAGGAAGAGCGCUGAAGAUACUACGGACAUGAAAGGGCCGCCUUAUUACUCUGGUACUGUUCCAUAUCUGAGAAGCUGUUGAGCCAGUGUUUGAAUGGCUGUCCUGACCGCAGCAUAUUGCUCAUGCGUAGACCUGAACGGCCUUUGGAUAAUGUCACAGGUAAUUAAUGAUGUAAGGAGAUACUCCCUCUGAGGUUCUUUGUUUAAAGGGAUAGUACCAGUUUACUUUUUUCUAAACACUGCUCGUGGUCUUGGUUGGUCCACUUAUUUUUCGCUCAUUAUGAGAACUUUGAAGGCUAGAUUCAAAGUCAUGUUAACGUAAAGCCUUACUUUAGAGAACUUCUGUUCUCUGUAAAUGAAACUGUACAGAAUAUAUUUGAUAACUUUUUUUCAUCAAUGUUUCAUCCCCCAAUUAGUGAUGGGACAGCCAGUACUGUGUGUUUAUUGGUAAUAUCUAUUAAACCAGUUAGUAAUGGAACUUAACACAAAUAAAUGUCAUCAAAAGUGACCUCUUACCUCUCCAGUUAAACUGUUGCUUUUUUUUUUUUUUUCUUCAUUUUUUUUUUUUUUUUAUAGUUUUUGCUGUUAUGUAUACAAGGAAUGUGAACAGUGUGCUCACUGACGGUCACACUAGUGGCUGCCUAGCACAGCCACAGUCCACCGCAGGACACAACACAAGUCAAAACCUCUGAACUCCAGACUUCAACAUCUUCCAACUCCCUGUUUAAUGUCACAGAAUAAUCUCAACUCAGGGCCCACUUAUUAGCUUUGUCAGACUAUAAACUAUGGCUGCACAAUGAAUCAAGUUUUAAUCGUCAUCACGAUUUGGGCUUCCCACAAUUAAAUGAACAUCAUCGCCUGCAAUAUUGAUACUUAAAAUGCAUGCUCCGCUCAUAGUAAACUCCGCUGCAUUUUGAAUUAAGAGCUUCGUAGACUGACAGCCAGCGAUCAGGGGGCAUUUGAGAUGUUUUUGCUUCAUUUUUGGUGAGCUGUCAUGUGCGCACCCUGGAGCGGCAGCCUGUGGAAAACUUUCCUUACUGUUACAGCUGCAGUCCGGAGUAGAAGCGUAACCUUGUUUUAACUAUAUUUUUAAGUCCCAACAUGAAAGUGAAAGCAGUGCUCUGUUGAUUUAAUUUUGGGU